AAAGUCGUCGACACGCUGCUCGAGAGAGUCCCGGGGAUCACGAUCGCGACGGACAUCAUCUGCGGCUUCCCGGGGGAGACGGAGGAGGACUGGGAGAUGACGAUGGCGCUGUGCAGGAAGUACGACUUCAUCGAGCUGCACCUGUCGCAGUUUUACCCGCGCCCAGGGACGCCCGCGGCGCGCAUGAAAAAAGUCAACUCGCGAGAGGUGAAACGCCGCAGCCGCGAGCUCACGAAUUACAUCGAAUCCUAUCUCCCGCAC